GACAAAAAACAAAUAUUCUUCGUAAUAAUCGUAAUCAGUCCGAUUAGUCAUAGGAGUUCGCGGGACGAGUAUGUCCUUAUCGUAGUACCUACCUUGCGUGUGCGGCGCGGCACUGCGCAGAGCUAGUUGUGGUGAUUCCUUCGUUCAGAACGCGUGUACACUGUUCAAACAAAAUGGGGUGCGGUGAAUUCCUAGUUAAAUAUAUCCUCUUCAUCGCCAACUUGGUCUUUGCUUUGGCAGGCCUGGGGCUCCUUGGUAUUGGUAUUGCAGUUCAGCUGCAGAUCUCUGCUAUCACGAACUUAAUAACAGACAGCAGCUUCCAAGUGGCGCCGAUCAGUUCUAUGGUGGUUGGAGGGAUUGUCUUCGUCGUCGCCUUCUUCGGAUGCUGUGGAGCUAUCAGGGAGAGCAACUGCAUGCUCGUCACUUAUUCAAUCUUUAUGCUGGUGUUGAUGGUCCUCAAACUCACGCUGGCCGUGCUUAUCUUCGUGAAGUUGGACGACGUGGUGCAAGAAAUCCCGCGGUGGUUGAACGAGGUUUUCAACAGGGAUCCCAUCGGAUUCCAUGAAAUCGAGAGGACGUUCCAAUGCUGUGGUCCCGCGGGUCCCGUCUCCUAUCUCAACCUGAAGCUGCCGGACACCUGCUGUGCGUCUCCCUGCAACAUUGUCAGCAGCGACAACUUCUCCGGCUGCAACGGCAUCUUGCAAGACUUCUUCAACACAUUCGGUCUGGUCAUCGGAGUGGUGGCGAUCGUGGUUGUCGCCAUUGAGGUAAUCUAUACAGCGUGUUAGAGGUUCCUCACGUAG